CAGAGGAGUCAGGACCACAACUGUGUCGCUGUAAUCGAUGGAUUUCUAAAAGACUUCAUAGGCAAUUUUGAGCAUGGUUCCACCGAGUGUUUAAGGGAAACAUGGGAAGACAGAUAACAGGAUUAUUUUGUCUGCUCGUGUGUUGUGAACUUUCUCUAGUUCUUUCGUACAGGCGACCCUUCAGGUUUGGGAAGAACCAACACCAACAGUCCUAUAAUUACGCACUGAGGACCGGCACCGAGCGCGCACUGGCACUUCUGACUAACAGGAAAGUCUUUAAUGAAGUGGAUAAAGCUCAUAUACAAUGGAAAUACGGAUUGGCAUUAAAUGUAUCCAGGAAGCUUGGGGAAAAAGUCCGAGCGGAUGUUCCAGGUGCCAGGAUAGAUAUUAAUAACGGCGCAUUUACGCACACGGAUAAAACAGACACCAGACUGUCCUGGACACACACACUUAAAGGAAAGCACAUGGAAGAUCCUGGUGUGUAUCGACGACCCAGAAGAGCUGCAAGGACUAAUCAAAGUGAAACAGGAUCAGUAUUUAAGAGCUUGGAAAGCUUUCCUAAAGCAUCAGCGCAACAGCAGCGCACAGAGCCACCCGGUGUUUUCCCUACACAUGGCCCAACGUUCCCUUUCCCUGAAGAAGACUAUGAGGACACCACUCCUCUCGGCCCUAUUAACCCCCGGCCAAGAGCUCCUGGGCUUCCAAACCCUUUUUAUCCAGCCACAGGGGAAUCAUACGCUGCGUAUGCGAUUAUAUUAGUGUCUGUAAUCAUGUUCACAGUAGGGAUAAUCGGCAAUAUCGCAAUCAUGUGCGCCGUGUGCCAUAAUUACUACAUGCGCAGCGUCUCCAACUCUCUGCUCGCCAAUUUGGCCCUGUGGGAUUUUCUCAUCACCUUCUUCUGCUUACCGUUAGUGAUAUUCCACGAAGUCACAAAGGACUGGCUGCUUGGAGAGUUUUCAUGUAAAAUUAUACCCUACUUUGAGGUGGUUUCUUUAGGCGUAACUACGUUUACACUUUGCGCUUUGUGCAUCGACCGUUUCCGAGCCGCAUCCAACGUGCGGAUGUACUACGAGACGAUUGAGAACUGCGCCUCCACUGCAGCUAAGCUGGCUGUGAUCUGGCUGGGUGCUCUUUUGCUGGCGCUGCCCGAGCUGUUAAUCCACCAGCUGGUAACAGAGGAGAGAGAGGUGCCUGCUGAGGAGCUCCCUGAGGUGGCUAAUGAGAUGCUACCCAGCGAGCGCUGUAUAAUUCGCAUCUCCACAACACUCCCUGACUCCCUUUAUGUGCUGGGACUUACCUACGAUGGAGCCCGUCUGUGGUGGCACUUUGGCUGCUACUUCUGCCUGCCUACUGUUUUUACCAUUAUCAGCUCAGUGGUGACAGCUCGGAAGAUACGGCAGGCUGAGAGGACAAAUGUUCGAGGGCAGCGUGAGCAGAUCCACCUGGAGAGACAGAUGAACUGUACAGUCGUGGCUCUGGCCAUCCUGUACGGGUUUUGUGUGAUUCCAGAGAACGUCUACAAUGUCGUGUCAGCAUACAUGGCCGUAGGAAUGUCACAACGCACUCUGGACAUCCUACACUUGCUUAGUCAGAUACUGCUCUUCUGCAAGUGUGCAGUGACACCCAUGCUGCUGUUAUUUCUGUGCCAGCCUUUCAGGAAAGCCUUCAUGCACUGCUGCUGCUGCUGCCUGGAGGAAUGCGGCCCUCCAAAGUUGUCAAAUGGGACUAAUGACGACAACGAGAACGAGGCCACUACUGAGCUGGAGCUCUCACCCUAUAGCACAGUGCACAGGGAGCCAGUUAGCUAUGCAUCUGUGAGCACACACUGCUAGGACACUAUAAUCCCACUCAAAUAUACCCUAUACCAUAUCAUACCCAAAGGAUACUAUGUUAUACCACACUUUAUAAAGGGUUCAGAUGCUGAACAGGCUACUGCGAUAUGGCGUCUAACUCACCUGCCACGUUUUAGGAGAUGAUGAACAAAUGGACUAAAUAAAACAAUUUACAGUAUUAUAGAGCAUAUUUUGUUAGAGUUAUAGCUGCUUGUUACAGCAGUAAGAAAGCCAUGAGUGUUAACUGUAGUUUUAAUGGAGUUCAUAGAAAUUAUGAAUUAACUUU